UCUUGUAUGCAGGUAUAGUCGAAGUCGAAGUUGAGUUGGCAGCACCGUAAGCCAUUAGUUGGUGUAAUUCAUUUUCUGACAUUUUGGUCCAGUUCCAGCAUCUCUUUAAUUAUAAUCCCAAACAAACAUGGACUCUGUGCAUUUCUAGUGCAAGUGCGUAGACCUCAGUGACAAAUUUUAUUGUGGUGUCCUUUAUCAGUGUUAUCUGCUAGUGUUAUCUUUUAUCGAUUGGCCAUGUCCUACUAUAACGGAAAUAUGUCGCAGCCUACCACGACGAUAGAAACUGUCACCAUAAAGAGACCAUUAAAGGUGAUAGCAUUCAUUUGCGGGUUGAUCGUGAUAAUACUGAUGAUAAUGGGCCUGGCCUCAACCGACUGGCUUAUGGCAGCCGGCUGGAGACAAGGGCUCUUCAUGCACUGCAUAGAACAGGGGGCGCCCAUGCCCCUGCCCUUCAACAUGCAGGAUCCCCCUGGAUGCUACAAAUCCAGAGACGAAGCAUAUAUCAGAGCGGCAGCUACAUUAUGUGUGAUAACCCUCCUCACGGACCUAGUGGCCACAGUCUUGACAGGUCUAGGACUAGGAACCAAAGACCACCACACCAAAUACAAGUAUUACAGGUUCGCCGUCAUAGUUAUGGGCCUGGCGUUGGUAGCGAUACUCAUCGCGCUCAUAAUUUACCCCGUGUGCUUUGCGGCGGAAUUGAAUUUAGGAAACCGAACUAUAUGGGAGUUUGGUUGGGCGUACGGGGUAGGCUGGGGCGCCGCGAUAUUCCUGUUCGGGGGUGUCAUCCUCCUCAUGUGCGACAAGGAAAGCGAGGAGAUCUACUACAAGGAGAGGAAGAUCGUGCACGAUAACGAUUCGCGGGCCUAGUGGCCACAUAGUCUGCCCGAUGUUGUUCUCUGAUCAUAAAAGAGAUUAUGUCGCUUCUCUCAGAGGGUGCAUGACGGAUGAGAGGUUUGUGUGAAUGGUCGCUCGCCUGUUAAUGGAUGUUGUACCUGGUCAGUUUGAUUUCGGGUCAUUGUUUUUUGCUUUGGCUAUGUACAGUUUUUUCUUUGACUAGGCUAUAGUUUUUGUUUAGUAGCUUUUCUUUUUACGAAGAACGGAAUAUUGCCGCGGUGUAAGAAUGUGCAAUUUUACUUUUUUUUACAGUACCGUUUCAGUCCUUGACGCAAAAAUAAAGUGUGUUCUUGCAACGUGGCAAUAUUCCAUGAUGUAUAAGAGUAAAAUGGUUAAGGCAAAAUAUCUUGAGAAAAUUUUGACAUUUAUAUUGUUUUUGAUGUAAGAUGAGUUGUAAUCAUUUUACUCUACGUAAUAUUAAUGGUACUAAGUUUUACCUUUAUUUAUUUGUACAAAAAAUUUUAAUCAAACUGAUUAGACUGUAUUUAUUUAUUUUUGUUGCUUGCCUGGUAUCAUAGCCAGUCAGCCGUUUUUGUAUCUAGUUGUUACCAUUUUUAUAUGCAAAUUAUUCGCAGUUACUCCAACAGGUUAUUGCCUUUGCGAACUAACAAGUCAAACGAAACUGAGUUCUCUGCUUGUUAGUUUGCUAGGUUUUAACAUUAACUUACCCGAUGACAGUUUUUUUUCAUUUUCGAUGGCAAGUUCGAGUAACCGUGGUAAUUUGCAGUGGAAUGAGUGAAUCGUGCGACUGAAGAGGCAACCCGGGCAGGCUAGAUGUAUGUAAAAAAGACUUAACCUAUCUAUUUGGUGAACAUGCUGAAAAAACAUGUACAUAGUUUUCGAUUUGCCAUAAAACGAAGUUCUUCAUGAAGAUCGUUAAUGCUGCCUUGAAAAUUCACGUAUUUUUCCCAUAAAACUCUAAUAAAUGUUUUAUCAAAAACAACUUAUCUAGACUGAGUUACUGAAUUUCGAUACCUUAUUUUAUAGGCGUGAGAAUCUCAACGAUGUGAUUUUUAUGAAGAAUUUCCCUGUGAAACCUCAUCAUUUAUUUAAAGGAGUUUUUUACUCUAACGAUGUACACGUUUGGCAGUUUUUAGAGAAAAACGAAGGACCAUAACUUCACGUACCUUAAUUUUAACUUCUGGACUAUGUAAGUCAAUGUACAACAUAGAACUAUUUAUCACGACACAGUUUACUAAAAGUUACAAUUAAAUAAGUGAGGUUAUGUCCUCUUUAAUUAUAGUGAUAUGUCAAUAUAGCUGUUAGAUUCAUGUAGAAAUAGACGUUUUUAUUUUACAACAGCAUUAACUUACAUUUAAAAGAAAUUUGUGUUUCAUAUACUGAAGGGCAUUAUAGUUAUACUUUUGAUAUACAACUUAUCAAUUUUUAUACGAAAUAGAAGUAAGAGUUUCUUUCGUUGUUGCUCUUGAAAGAUUAAAACAUAUGCGGCUGCUAAAAUUUUGUGAUACACCUACUACUAAUUGAUAUUAUUUUACACAACUUACAAUACUUAACACAAAGUUUAGAUAGUUUUAUUUAUAGAGCAACACUUAAAUAGAAAGUUUAUAAAUACGAACAAUAUUAUUACUCGUUUUUGUAUAAAGGUUUAUAGGAUUACUUUCUAUUUUCAUAAUAGGGUACAUAAAAUAAGCAUAUCGUUAUUGAUAAUAAAAUUUACGAAAUUGAAAAUGCUACACUUCGGCUCAGUACAUUUUCGCCUCUAUUCAGAAAACGGUCUCUUUAUUAAGUGAAUUAGUAAUUUGUUAAGAAAGGACAGUUACAGAAUCUCGGUGUGGGAAAAAUUGAGGAUAUACAGCUUUUGAGUUCCACUGCGGAAAUGUACUUGGCACAAAAAGAUAAUACUCUGGACCAAUGUUAUUUUUUUAACGUUCUCUACUGCCAAAAAUUCCCUUGUAUAAUUUUGUAAUUAAUUUAGUGUUUAGUUUCAGUGUUAAAUCGAUUGUCGUACACCUCUGUUCACUUGUCAAAUAAACAUGUACAUAUACGAAGUGUUCCAGAAUAAUAAGCAUGUUAAGUAAGUAGCGAUGUGAUAUAUAGCUUAUGUAUAUACUAAGUGUAAAAGCCAUAUAUCUAUUAAAGAAAAUAUAAAUUAUAAAUAUUUGCUUAUAUUUAUUCAUAUUCGAAUAGUUUUUUUUAUUAGUUAUUAUUUUUGUUUCUUUUUGUAUAAAAUAACAGUCCCAAAUGUGAAGUUGAGGAGUUAAAUUAUUUUUAAGUUACUUUCGCUAGGUUGUGUUCUGGUAAAUAAAAUGUAUUUUUCAAUUUGUGAUGUAUACUUUUAGUUGUGCACAAAAGUACGGAUAUUCUAUCUUAAAAAAUAAAUCGAAUAUUUGUA